GUGGCCCGGCUCGUGGUGAACUGCUCGCAGAACGGGAAGCAGUUGCUGCGGCUCCUGAGCGCCAGGGACGUGUCGACGCGCUACGACACGAUGGUCCUGCUGCAGCGCAUCUACCUGCGCCAGGCCGCCCCGAUUAACGCGGCACUGCUGGCGGACCCGAUGGCUCUGACGCACCUGAUGCGGGUGCUGCAGGAGAGCCCGAUCGACUACGUGCGCAACGAGUGCCUCAGCCUGCUGCUGCUCCUCACGGCCUCCGAGUCGGAGAUCCAGACCAUCGUCACGGUGCAGGGCCUCGUGGAGACAGUGUUCAACAUCCUCGAGGAGGAGGACCUCGCGGCGGGCGGCAAGGUGGCGCGCGACCUGCUGCGGGUCCUGUGCAACCUGCUCGGCAACGCCACCUGCCAGAGGUACGUGCGCGAGGCAGGCGGCAUGUCGUCCCUGGUGGCGGCCAUGGCCAUGGCCAUCUCCGGCCGCCCCGCGGAGGACGGCCCAGAGGGCGGCCCCGUCGACGAGGACGACGUGUUGCUGGCGCAAAUGGCAGACAUGGUGCCCGAGGAGUCGCGGUGGGCGUGCCUGGGCCUCCUGGCGGACGCCGCGCUCCUGCUAGCCGGCAGCCAGGCCGAGGCAACUGCCAACCAGCAGGCGCUGGUGCGCGCGGGUGCGCUCGGGCUGUGCCGGCACGUGCUGGACGGGCAGCCGGGCGGCCCGCCGAGGGCCUCGCAGGCCAUGGCGCUGGCCGCGAAGCUGCGGCUGGUGCACCUGCUGGAGGCCCUGGAGGCCAGCCCGCUGGCCGCGCGGGCGCUGGCGGCCUACGGCGAGGAGGAGCCCCCGCUCCUAUUCCUGCUCACCCGCGCGGUGGUCGGCCCGGGCGUGCCGCUGGGGCUGCGCAGCGCGGUGGGCCGCGUGCUCGGGCGCACGCUGGCGCGGCACGCGGAGCUGCAGUCGCUGGUGUGCUCGUCCCUGAGCCCGCAGCUGGAGCAGGAGCCGGGCGCCAGCGCGGCGCCCGCCGGGAGGCAGGUGGUCGAGGUGCUGGAGGCCGCCGCGGCCGAGCGCCCCGACGGCGUGCGGCUGUGGUUCUCGCUGCACCUGCUGCUCGCCAUGCUGCACGGCAACGAGGCGGUGCAGACGGCCUGCGGCUCGCUGCCCGUGGCGGUGCCUGGCGAGGAGGACGCGGGGCCGGCCGAGACCCUGCUCGCGCUGCUGAUGCGCGUGUUCCCGGCGUGCGCGCGGGCCUGCUCGGCCGCGGCCGCGGUCGCGGAGGCGGACGGGGCCCCCGUGCCCGGGCCAGAGUCGGUCAGGGAGCUGGGGCCCCAGUCGCCCGCCGCGGGGCUGCUGGCGGUGAUGAAGGUGCUGGCCUACUGGAUGUCCCGCUGCUCGGCCCCGCUGCAGCUCUUCGCCUCCUCCCCCGUCGCGAUGCCGGCGGCGAUCGAGCUCACCACGUUCAGCGAGCAGCUCGGCGCGUUCUUCAAGCUGCAGGUGGAGGGCCUGGCCGGUGUCCUCAUGGGCGUCUGCAUCAAGGCCGAGCAGGGCGAGGUCGACGUCAAGUCGCUGAUGGCCUUCGUCGCCAGGAAGGUCGGCAUCGAGGAGUUCGAGCAGAAGGUGGAGCGGCUCUGGCGCAGCGAGGCGCUGCAGAAGCCCCCUCGGGGGCUGGCGGAGUUCCGAUGGUACGGCGGCCGCUACCGCGAGUUCGUGCGCGAGACGCAGCAGGCCGUGAAGCGGCGCAUGGUGCAGCUGUACGUGGCCGAGGGCGUGGGCGGGGGCGCCUCGGCCCUGAGCGAGGACGUGGCCGACCACUACAAGCAGCUCAUCCGCGUGCAGGACUCGGAGCUGCGGGAGGUGCGGAAGGAGAACGAGGGCCUGCGCUCCGAGGUCGAGGCGUUCAUGCGGAGGGCGCUGCAGGCGUCCUCGGCGGCGCUGGCCGAGAAGACGGCCGCCCUGCAGGAAGAGAACGCAGCACUGCACGCCGAGCUGGACCAGCUGACAGAGGAGGCGGAGGUGCAGGCGCAGCGCUCGCGCCGCGAGCGCGACCGGUCCAACGCCAGGGACGGGGCCAAGGGCGCACCGCCGAAGUUCCGGAGGGGCACGGGCGGCACCAGGCUCCCAGGCAGGGACGACGUCGACCCGGUGGACGCGGUGAUCCCGUUGCAGAAGCUGGGACUCAGGCAGGACCUCAGGAGUCGCGAGCACGAGGAAAUGUUGUCCCUGUUCUGCCUGGUCCCCAAGACGAGCAAGACGGCGACCAUGGGAUUUCAGGACUGCAAGGACGGGCAGCACAAGGAGGUACGGUUGGCCUACCAGCGGGUCUUCCAGAUGGAGGUGGCGCCCAAGCUCGUGCAGGAGAUCUUCGGCUGCUUCAGGGCGAAGGAGGCGCACCGCGAGGACGGAACCGCGGAGGCAGACGUGAAGACGGGAGACGUGCUAGCGCUCGCCAUCUUGAGGAGAGCCAUCCUGACGGCCUUCGAGGAGGCGGGCGGAGUCGCGGGAGAGGGACCAGCGCCAAAGGACGAGCUCGCCAGGGUCGUGGAGCGGCAGCUGCACGGACUACAGCAGCAGAAAUAG